CCCAGCCAGGCUACCCUCCCUCCCGGGUGUAUGGAGACAGGCAGCGCUCAGUACAAGCGCACUCUAUGCACAGAGAACUCUGGAGACACCUGCCCACACACGCAGACCUGCGCUGGGCACAGAAUAAAGCAUCUUCGAUGCAAGUGUGACCCUCAGGCAAUGCUUCCACACCAGGAAAUCAAAGUGCUGUAUGUUAAAUAAACUUCACGCUGCCCUGUGCUGUAGCCCCCUGUGUUGUUGGUGAGCAAGCAUUUAAGAUGUCACUGAGCAGUGAAAGAAGAGUAAAUACCUCGGCGCUGAAGAAAAUUGCGGCAGACAUGAGCAAUUUAAUAGAGAACCUGGACACCAGGGAGCUCCACUUUGAGGGGGAAGAGGUGGAUGCUGACGUGUUAAAUGAUCCGAAAACAACUGUGGGCAUCCCAUUCUCUGCAAUUUAUAACACUCAAGGGUUCAAAGAGCCUCAUAUACAGACAUAUCUAACCGGAUGUCCAAUUAAAGUCCGAGUUCUGGAAGUAGAACGCUUUACCUCAACAAAAAAGGUACCAAGUCCAAAUGUUUACACUAUUGAGUUCACACAUGGGGAAUUUACAUGGCAAGUGAAAAGGAAAUUCAAGAACUUUCAAGAAUUCCACAGGGAACUGCUGAGAUACAAAGCCUUCAUACGAAUUCCUAUCCCUACAAGGAGUCACACAGUUAGAAGACAAACUGUCAAAAGGGGAGAAGCGAGGCAGAUGCCAAGUCUGCCACGCACGUCUGAGAACAUGGUCCGAGAAGAACAUUUUUCUAGUAGAAGAAAACAACUGGAAGACUACUUGACAAAGAUCUUAAAAAUGCCCAUGUACAGGAACUACCAUGGAACGAUGGAAUUCAUUGGUGUAAGUCAGCUGUCAUUUAUCCAUGAUCUAGGACCAAAGGGCAUAGAAGGUAUGAUCAUGAAACGAUCUGGGGGCCAUAGAAUACCUGGUCUGAACUGCUGUGGGCAAGGAAGGGUCUGCUAUCGAUGGUCCAAAAGGUGGUUAGUAGUGAAAGACUCUUUCCUAAUGUAUAUGAAGACGGAUAGCGGAGCCAUUUCCUUUGUCCUGCUGGUAGAUAAAGAAUUCAGCAUUAAGAUUGGCAAGAAAGAGACUGAAACAGAAUAUGGGUUACGGAUUGACAAUCUCUCCAGGUCAUUGAUUUUGAAGUGUAACAGCUACAGACAUGCCCGAUGGUGGGGACAGGGAAUAGAAGAGUUCAUUCAGAAAUAUGGCAAAAACUUUCUAACACAUCACAGAUUCGGGUCGUAUGCAGCUAUACAGGAGAAUACUUUGGCAAAGUGGUAUGUAAAUGCAAAAGGGUAUUUUGAAGAUGUAGCAAAUGCCAUGGAGGCAGCGAAAGAAGAAAUUUUCAUCACAGAUUGGUGGUUGAGCCCAGAAAUCUUUAUGAAGCGACCCGUGGUAGAAGGAAAUCGCUGGAGACUAGACUGCAUUCUCAAGCGGAAAGCGCAACAAGGAGUGAGAAUUUUUGUAAUGCUCUACAAAGAAGUGGAGCUUGCUCUAGGAAUCAACAGUGAAUACAGCAAGCGGACCCUAAUGCGUCUACAUCCGAACAUCAAGGUGAUGAGGCAUCCAGAUCACGUGUCAUCCUCAGUGUACCUGUGGGCCCAUCAUGAGAAGCUCGUUGUCAUUGACCAGUCUGUAGCAUUCGUUGGUGGCAUUGACUUGGCCUACGGGAGGUGGGAUGAUGAUGAACACAGGCUGACCGAUGUUGGCAGUGUGAAACGAAUUCCAGGAACAAAGUCUACAUCUACAGUGAAUCUCACACCUACAGCCGAGUCCACUGAAGCUUUAGUCCUGAAAACUCAGUCCCUGGGGAACCUGCCACAGCACAGAAAUAGUGAUGACAUACUAGAUUCUUCAAGAAUGAAAGGAAUAGGAAAACCCAAAAAGUUUUCCAGGUUCAGCAUUUAUAAGCAUCUCCAGAAGCACGGCCUACACCACGCUGAUAGUGUAAGCAGUAUAGACAGUGAGUCAGGUUAUUGUAAUCCUAGUAGAAGCCAGCAGAAUUUAAUCCAGAGUUUAAAACCCCACCUGAAAAUGUUUCAUCAUCCCACUGGGUCCAAACAAGGGCUCACUGAGUGUGAGGACGAUAAAGGAUCAAUCCGCAGCUUGAAGACGGGUGUUGGAGAACUUCUUGGGGAGACCAGGUUCUGGCAUGGAAAGGACUAUUGCAAUUUCGUCUUUAAAGACUGGGUUCAACUCGACAAACCCUUUGCUGAUUUCAUUGACAGAUACACCACACCCAGAAUGCCAUGGCAUGAUAUUUCAUCCGUUGUGCAUGGCAAAGCUGCACGGGAUGUUGCUCGACACUUUAUUCAGCGUUGGAACUUCACAAAGAUCAUGAAGCCCAAAUACAGAUCCCUGUCCUACCCAUUCCUGUUGCCAAAAUCUCAGCGAACCGCCAGUGAGAUGAAGUAUCAAGUGCCCGAGUCUGUAUGUGCCAAUGUACAGGUGCUCCGUUCUGCUGCAGAUUGGUCAGCUGGUAUCAAGUACCAUGAAGAAUCCAUCCACAAUGCUUAUGUUAGCGUGAUAGAAAACAGUAAACACUACAUCUAUAUCGAAAACCAAUUUUUUAUUAGCUGUGCUGAUGACAAAGUCGUUUCUAACAAGAUUGGAGAUACCAUCGCUCGGAGGAUUCUUAAAGCACACAGGGACAGCAAACGAUACCGAGUGUAUGUGGUGAUCCCGCUGUUGCCUGGAUUUGAAGGAGAUAUUUCAACUGGAGGUGGGAAUGCACUGCAAGCCAUAAUGCACUUCAACUACAGGACCAUGUGCAGAGGAGAUAAUUCUAUCCUGGGACAGUUGAAAGCAGAGAUUGGAGAUCAGUGGAUAAAUUACAUAUCAUUCUGUGGGCUUCGAACAUACGCCGAGCUGGACGGAAAUCUCGUCACUGAACUCAUCUAUGUUCACAGCAAAUUGCUUAUAGCUGAUGACAACACUGUCAUCAUUGGCUCUGCUAACAUCAAUGAUCGCAGCAUGCUGGGAAAACGCGACAGUGAAAUGGCUAUCAUUGUGCAAGACACCGAAACCGUCCCUUCAGUGAUGGAUGGAAAGGACUACAAAGCCGGAAGAUUUGCUCAGUCACUCCGCCUCCGGUGUUUUAGGGUUGUUCUUGGUUCUUCAGCAGACCUCAGUGCUGAUCUUCAGGAUCCAGUCUCUGACAGAUUCUUCAAGGAGGUGUGGGUUUCAACAGCUGCCCGCAAUGCCACGAUUUUUGACAAGGUGUUCCGAUGCCUUCCCAGUGAUGAAGUGACUAAUUUAGCCCAGCUGCGUGACUUCAUUGCCAAGUCAAAAUUGGUAACCCAAGAUGCUGCAAAAGCAGCAGAAGAAUUAAAGAAGAUUCAUGGAUUUCUAGUGCAAUUCCCCUUUCGUUUCCUGGAUGAAGAAAACUUGCUGCCUUCUGUUGGAACAAAAGAAUCCAUGGUGCCCAUGGAAGUUUGGACUUAGGAUUAUUUAGACUUUAAAGUCUGGUUUCUUGGAGACAGUUUGCAUACCUGAUGAUUUCAGGAAGCUUUGUAUUGCCAAGGUAGCCACCAAAAAGGUCUCCAUCAAACUAAUGUGCCUUUCUUAAGGAUUUUGGUGGAACAGCUUCAGACAAAAUGACACUGUUAUGGGGAGGGAAAGAAAAUUUGGCACUUAUGAUCAUUGACAAGUUCUAUUAAUUGAAAAGAACAAUACUUCUUUACAGACAUAUUCUAAGCACCUUAAAGAUGCAGGCCACUCCUAUGAAGGGAGACAAAUCAUAAUGUAUAUUACUACUGCCAGCGUGAUCAUACAUGUACAGUGAUUGUGAUACCCAGGAGUUGUAGGCUGUUUGUGCUUUCUAAAUCUUUGUGUGCUCGCACUUUAUUAUUUAGCUGGAGUUACCCUCUUCAUCAUCUCUGUUUUGUAUCCCCUCAAGUAUUCCCUCACUGCUUACACCUCCAUAAUGGUUGGGAAACGUUGCCUGAGGCCAACUCAGGUGUUCCUAUGAUCAUUGCCUAUCGAGCUUAGAUGUUACAUUGCAUAUAUGGCAAAAGACUAACACUCUUAUGUCAGAAUCAGUGGUGCUGUCUGUCUCCUGGCCCCAGGGGAAAACAUUGGUUUUUUUACUACAACUACAGCAAUCAACAUUCCUCAUGCUCAGCAUGGCACUGUGUAGAUCUCCGUGAGGGGCAAUCCCUAAUGGAGAUUGAGGUGAUGGGAAUCUCUUGAAUUCUGUUUUUUCAGGGUUUGCAGAACUUGUUUGAGUUCAGCAACUCUUUUUCUUACUAUCUAAACUAUAAUUUUUUCCCCAAGGGAGAAUCAACUUUUUAACCCUACAUUUUUCUAGCUGAAGGAAAUCCUGCUGCUAUGUAUUAGGGAGACGAGAAUCCCAAAAGCUAGGUUGGCAAAGCUGGGUCCUCUGUUUGGAUCACAGAGCUGUGGGUAUACACUGCAUUAAAUUCUUAGCGCUUUCCCCUGCUUCCUUUUCCACUGUUUCACCUAUAAGGAACAAGAACCUAGUAACAGUUGAGUCAGAGUUGAAAUUUUGAGCUGACGAUGUUCAAGGUUGAUCAAAAAGAACAGGAGUACUUGUGGCACCUUAGAGACUAACAAAUUUAUUAGUCUCUAAGGUGCCACAAGUACUCCUGUUCUUUUUGCGGAUACAGACUAACACGGCUGCUACUCUGAAAGGUUGAUCCAAGUUACUCAUACUGAGUUCGAUCACCCUCCAGAGGCUAGUGGGGAGAUAGCACUGAACUUCUCUCUGGGACCAGCUCCAGUAAUGGGAAGACAUGGUUUUGAACAGUCUCUGCAAUGCAGAAAUGUGACUCCAUGUCAUCUGAGGGAUUGAUAAACUCACUCUACAUGGUCAAUCUUUUUGCUUUCCAUUUACUAAUACGAGUGGCACAAUUAAUAAGAAACUCAGAACACUGGGUUCCUAUCUGGAGAGAGUGAGAAGCUGAGACUCCCAUCUCUGAAUGCAGAAUGUUAACUGAUUCAGUGGGAGUGCCAUUCACCAAGCAAGGGCAAAUGUGGCCCAUAAUCUGUGAUCCAGUAAAAGCCUUCACUAUACCUUAUACAUAAGGCUUACGAACUUUCAUUGCAAUUUUUCUCUUUGCUAAAAAAUUCCAAUGAUUAUAAGUAAAUUUGUACCUUAAAAAAAAAAAAAAGUUUGACAGGCUUCCAACAUGCAUUCAUUAGUUUAUAAAAAAAAUCAUGGCACCCUUUUGAAAGAUAUGUGCCAACUGUGUUUUGGGCAUAUCUUACAUUUAAGCUGAUUGCUCUAUAUAUUUUAAGAAAUGUAAUUCGGCAUAGCGUCAUUUUCCAACACUACAUCACAUUAAUAAGUAACAAACACUAACAUUCCUCAAGGGCAGCCCAAGUCCGAACUAGUUGCUAUGUUUUGUGUUCCUUCAUGCUCAUAUUUUAUAGAUGCAAUUAAUUAGUGAUAUGGACAGGACUCACAACCAUUCCUUAUAUUCGGUGAACCAGUGGUCUAUUUAAUGUGUCAGUAGUGCAUGCACAGCUUUUAUGAAGUAAACUGCAAUGUGUUUAUAGGUACUGUGAUUUUGUGAAGUGCACUGCAGAUAACUAGAUUCCCUCAAGAUUUGUUGAGUAUUGUUAUUUAAAAUCAUAUUUGUUGUUUAAAAUGGGACACAGGGCUGACCUGCCAGCUCCUGUGCUAGAGAAAUAUGCUAUCAGGUAACCACCGCAAAGCUAGGAAACUAAAACAUCAAAAUACGUUUGCUUUUAACACUAGCCUAAGGCUUUUAAUGUCACGCAAAAAACUGUUGGCCAUUUUUAGUUUGAACAAAACUGCCAAUAUGAAAUGAUUAUAGCCUGCCACAUAUUACCAUUAAACCACACAAGUAUAGAGUCAUAGUUGAAAGAGGCCCAAACCAGAACAGCAUAUUCAUUCACACCAGACCUACAACCAAACUUAAAGAAGCAUGUAAUGCUCCUAUCAUCUUCUAUCUGUCUAGAUGCUCAUAUGGCUCCUAUCACCAUAGUACCUGAGCAUCUCAUGAUCGUUCCUGAAUCCUUACAGCACCUCUUUGAAGUGGUAUUGAAACUUUGUGGCUUCAUAGGUAACGUGACCCGGAUUGUCUUUCCGAAACUGCAAUGCAGCUGACGUGCAAAACCCAAGCCAUGAGGCGUUUGCCCAUCUCAGAUGAUGUUAGGGGUCUGAUGUCAACCCAUACAGCCCAGGAAUUUUGAAUUAGUAUUGAAACACCAUUCUUAAUCCACCCCCUUUGUACUAUACAUUGGCUUUGCAGCAUUUGCGGCAUAUAAAAUACCUCAUUACUUGAAGAUCUUGCCACUGCCUGAAAACAGAGGGUGGAUUCACCCUUGCGCAUAGAGUUAGCACAGGAUCUAUGCAGCCCUUUAAAUAAGGCUUAAAUAGAAUUAAAGUAAUGUAUAGGCAUUGCCCUGGCUCUCUGCACAGGAGUGAAUUCUGCUCCGUGUGAAAGGAUAGGCUAAGAAAUUCUUCAUUUUGAAUUUCCCUGAUUUUGUUGGUUGCCAGACUCUUGACGUUAACGGAACACCUUUAUUUUAUUUUCCUUUCUGGAUGGAGGGAAAAGAAAGAAAUAUUAAGAAGAAGAAGAAAGCCAAGACAAAACUUUGCCAUUCCCCAUACUCUGGGGAAUUGAUGCAUCUUGAAAUUCAAUAUUUUUCAAUGGAGUCAUUCAAAUGCUGCCAAAAUUCUGGAAUCCUCUUACACUCUUAGGCCCUGACUCUGCAAGCUGCUCAGUAUGGAUGGGCACCUACGUCCAUGAAUAGUUCCAUUGAUUCCAGUGAAGAUUCACACUACGAGUCCAGGGUUCACAAAUGCAGAACAACUUGCAGUAUCAAGGUACAUUACAGUACACGGGCCUAACGAGUAGUCACAAGAGGAAGUAUUCUGCUCUGUAGCCUUUACAGUGCAAUAUGUGCCCUCACAUCAUUCUUCUUACAUAUUCACAGCCUACACAGAAGUUGGUGUCUUUUGUGAAUGGCUGUUAAUUAGACUUUUCUUUCACAUGCUUUGAGGCCACAGCAGGGGUGAUGUUUAACACCUGGUCUCUGCACAUAAACAGUCACCACUCUUUAGUCCUUAAUAGCCUGGCGGUUUUACUUUUACUUUGAAUACCCAAAGCAAAUCAUGGCGUAAUCAUUUGCAAAUGUACGGUACUGUAAGCAGUGAUGCUGUUUUUAGUGAUAGUAGUUCCUGAAAUAUGUGAACUGUUUUUGUGUCUUUUAUUUUUAAAAAAUUGUAAAAAAAAAGAGGAAAAAAUCUCCUCCAGACUCAGAUUUUAUAUUUCAUGAUUCAACCUGGAUGGAAGAUUUAUGGUGGCUAUUCCUAAGCAGGUGCCAGUACGAGAAUUCAGCGUCACUUCUUACCAGGCCUGUAUAUAUUUUUAAAGAACGGGAUAUUUUAAUAUAUGUUUUGUUGUAUAGCUGCAGGAUUGGACUUACUUUUUAGCAUAGAAAAUUAUGCAUGGUAAAAAAAAAAACCAUGAAAAAUAAGAUUUUCGUAAUCUAAGCACUUGAUUAUUAAAAUAAUUUGUACCAAAAAAGCCACCCAUUGCUAUGCAGGACAUCCCGGACUUUUGGCUCAGCUUCUGGGCUUGUACUCCCCACUAGCUGACGCUGAGCGUGCGCAAGGGCAGCGCACUUAAGGUAUGUCUACACUGCAGCUGGGAGUGAAGCUCCCAACCCGGCAGACAGACUCACGCUAGUGGACUCAAGCUAAGCUGUGGACAUUGUAGCUCAGGAUGGGGUCUCAAGUCCCCCUAGGCUUGACAGCCCAUGCCACAAAGUUCAUGCUGCUAUUUUUAGCAUGCUAGCUCAAGUCCUGCUAGAAUGAGUCUGUCUGCCCAGGUUGGGAGGCUAGUUCCUAGCUGCAACGUCGACAUACCCCUAAGGUCUAAUCCUGUCUUCAAGGAAAGAGGCUUGCCAUUGGCUGACAUGACAACAGGAUCAGUCCCAAGGGAAGGAAGUGCCUUUUGUCACUCGGUGUCCUCUCUGGCCUUUGAGCAAGCAGCACAGACAGCCUUGGAAGGGAGUCCAGCAACAUUUUAGCUUAGGCCAGGUCUACACUAAAAACUUUUGCCCAUACAAUAAUGUCGACGAGCGGUGUGAUUUUUUUUUUAAAUGAUAUUUUUAUACCAGCAAAAGCCCUAGUGUAGAUGCUGGUAAACCGGCAAAAGCAUAUUUUUGCCGGUAGAAGCUGUGCCCACACUAGGAGGUUUGUCAGUAUAGCUAUACUGGCAUAACUAUGCCAGCAAACCUUUUCUAGUAUAGACUAAACCUCAGAAGCAUGGUGGCUAGGACAGCAAGAUGAAAUGUAAGAGCAAUUAGAAAUGGGAGGGAUUCAUAAACUAUAACAGGAAUUUGGGUAAACUCCUGGGAUCUAUCCCAGAAGCGCUGCUGGGGAAUGACCCCAGUGAAGGUGAUGAGAGUUCUGGUGGGGACUGGCACCAGAGAAGGAUCAAUAUAGCUGUACAUUUCCUUUGUCAUAUUAGGAUCCAGGCAUAUUUUUAAAAUUAAUUUCAAGUUUUAGGCCGUAAUCUUACAGCCCUUCUUCUGUCCCAUUGCCUUCAGCGGGAGUUUUGCUUAAGUGAAGACUGCACGAUUUGCCCUCUCUGAUAUUUUUAAUGUAUCCUUCUACUCAAAUUAUGUGAUUAUCUGCCUUAAAAGGAGACAUCUACAUUUUUAUAGGUGUUUGUACAGUUAUUACACAGUAUGAGCGUUUUAUUUAAAAAUCAAGCAGAGGCAGUUUUGGGACAUAUGAAAAAAAGUCGGUAUGACCCUUUACAGUGUAAAGUUUACACAACUGCUUUUGGUUUACUUUUGGUUUUUUCACAACUUAGGGCCAGCUCCGCUGUUGGUGUAAAUUAACAUAGCUCCAUUGACCUCAGUGAAGUUCCACCAUUUCAGAACCAGCAGAGAUUUGGCCCAGCGUGCCUCCUGACCUCUGAUACGCGCAAAGCAAGAGCCGGUACGGUGCCAUCUUAGGUGUGCAAUAGGACAAUGUGGGCAUCUGCCAUACUAGCCACAGGGCUCUUCUCACCCAUGCUGAGCCCCACCGAAAUCCAGACCCUUGUAGAUUCAGGGUGGUAGUUAGGAGUGUAACUCCAUUGCAGUGAAUGAAUGUUAGGGUGACCAGACAGCAAGUGUGAAAAAUCGGGAGGGGGCGUGGGGGAUAAUAGGAGCCUAUAUAAGAAAAAGACCCAAAAAUCGGGACUGUCCCUACAAAAUCGGGACAUCUGGUCACCCUAAUGAAUGUAUUCAAUGUAAAACCAGUGUAAAUUAGAUAGAAUUAGGCCCACAGACUGUAAAUCUAAAACUGAAUGCAAUAGUACUUUUUUUUUUGGCCUUCUUUUCUUUUUUCUUUUCAAGCACUUGUGAUCAGUUCAUUUUUAACCUACCAGUGCAGUUUCAUAAAAUAACAUAGAUACUGUGAGUAAUUCGUAUUUAUCUGGCUCUAUCCUGACAUGCAGGAAAUGAGAUCGUUUUUAAAUUCACAGGUCAAGAAAUGUACAAGGUUCCGCUAACUAAACUAAUGGAUAAAACAAGAGCUUCCAAAAUAUUUGUGCUUCAGACGUACAAGGUUGACGUGAUUCCGAAUCGCUGUACUUCUCCGCUUUAGAGUGAUAAAAUUGUGAACACAUUGACUGCUCCUUCUGUGAAGGGUUUUGAAUUGACAGUUUUGUGUCCCUGUUUCUGCUAAUGGCUGUUCCCUUCCCUAUCCAUUACUGUAUUUGGUAAAUAGAUAUGUAUUAAGUGAUUUAAAUAUAAUGUAUCAGAAA